CGCCCGGGGCUCGGGGCGGUGAGGCCCGGGGCGCGGGGUAGCUAUGGCGACGGCGAGCGCGGCCCGCGGCGCCGCCUGACAGGUGUGGGCCCCCGCGGCGGCGGCGGCGCGGAGCAGCAUGUACGCCAAGGGGGGCAAGGGUUCGGCCGUGCCCUCCGACAGCCAGGCCCGCGAGAAGUUGGCGCUGUACGUCUAUGAGUACCUGCUGCACAUCGGUGCCCAGAAGUCAGCCCAGACCUUCCUGUCUGAGAUCCGAUGGGAGAAGAACAUCACGCUGGGGGAGCCUCCCGGGUUCCUGCACUCCUGGUGGUGCGUCUUCUGGGACCUGUACUGCGCAGCGCCCGACCGGAGAGAGGCCUGCGAGCACUCAGGCGAGGCCAAGGCCUUCCAGGACUAUAGCGCUGCAGCUCCCAGCCCUGUGAUGGGGAGCAUGGCCCCAGGUGACGCAAUGGCUGCAGGCCCCAUGGCGGCAGGCUUCUUCCAGCCCUUCAUGUCACCGCGGUUCCCAGGGGGCCCCCGGCCCACCCUGCGGAUGCCGAGUCAGCCUCCCGCGGGCCUCCCUGGCUCCCAGCCCCUCCUCCCUGGCACCAUGGAGCCCUCCCCACGAGCCCAGGGGCAUCCGAGCAUGGGCGGCCCAAUGCAGAGGGUGACGCCUCCUCGGGGCAUGGCCAGCGUCGGGCCCCAGGUAAGAGGGAGCCCUGGUGGGUGGGACCCUCGGACUGUCCCCGGUCUGCCUCUCACGGCCCCUUUGCCUCCCCAGAGCUACGGAGGUGGCAUGCGGCCCCCACCCAACUCCCUUGCCGGCCCAGGCCUGCCUGCCAUGAACAUGGGCCCAGGAGUUCGAGGCCCAUGGGCCAGCCCCAGUGGAAACUCGAUCCCCUACUCCUCCUCAUCCCCCGGCAGCUACACGGGACCCCCAGGAGGAGGUGGGCCCCCUGGAACGCCCAUCAUGCCUAGCCCUGGAGAUUCCACCAACUCCAGUGAGAACAUGUACACCAUCAUGAACCCCAUUGGGCAGGGCGCCGGCAGGGCUAAUUUCCCCAUCGGCCCCGGCCCGGAGGGCCCCAUGGCCGCCAUGAGCGCGAUGGAGCCACACCACGUGAACGGAUCCCUGGGCUCGGGCGAUAUGGACGGGUUGCCGAAGAGCUCCCCCGGCGCCGUGGCCGGCCUGAGCAACGCCCCGGGCACCCCGCGGGACGACGGCGAGAUGGCGGCCGCCGGGACCUUCCUGCACCCGUUCCCGAGCGAAAGCGUAAGCGACUGCGUCGACUCUCCCCCCGCGGCGGCGUCGGGCCGGAGGGGCCUGGCGGGCAGGCCCCGGCGGGGCGGCCGGGGGGCCAGAGCAAGACCGUGACCGCGGCGGGCCAGUACUCGCCAGGGAUGACCAUGAGCGUGUGAUGGGGCGGCAGCCCCGGGCCUCUGCAGGCCUAGGCUUCUGCCCAGCGCCCCUCCUCAGGGCGAGGGGCUGAGGUCACACCUCGGGCACCUGGACUCCUGGCCAAUCAAGGCUUACCCAGCUGGGAGGCCCCACAUGAAAGACUUUUAUCAUUUUAUUAAAAACGCAAGGACCUCAGAGACGUUCUUUUCUGUAUGGACCCUUCCUGCCAUUUGUAUUUUGUUCCAGAAAGAAGGGCUCUUUGGGAGUCCCCUCUCUCCAGGACGUCAGGGGGUGGGCUCCAACAAUAAAUGGAAGCUGGUUUUGGUUUUUGGUA